AUGACGAAAUUGAAUUCGUUAACUUUUGAUGGUGAUAGUUCCGUUAACAGCAUGACAUCAGGAAAAACGAUUUUAACGAAAGAAUAUUUAAAAUCUCAUGUUAGUGAGUUCGUUGAAAUUGAAAAAGAAGGCGGAAUUAAGUUCGAUCCACUGGGUUUCAUUUUCAACUUAGCGAAUGCGGGUGUUAGUUUCGCUGAAUGGACAACUAUACAGAGUGAAAUAAAUGCAAUAUGGACGUUUUUGGGGUCAAAAGCGGGAAUGGGUGAGCUUGUAAAUGCUGCAAGAACAUUAGGUGAAACAGGAAAUUUUGUAGAUGGUUUUAAAAGACUUGUUUCAAAUGUUUUAACAAACACAAAGAAAUUAUUUAGAUAUACCAUACAUAACGGCCAGAUUUUCGAACAGGUAGCAACAAACCCUCCGGUUAUGGCUGCGUUGAUGAUGGUUAGAGACAUAAAGCCGCGUAGCGGUGAGGGCGAAGCCCACGAAGAAGAGAAGAAACCAGAGGAUACGGGUCAGGUUAUUCGAGACAUUAAAAACGUGUAUCCUGAAGUUAUUGAUUUAUUUAGAGGUGUUAAUGAUUCGAUUUCAAAUCAUUCUAUAACCCUCGAUGAAGAGAAUAAAUUAACAGAUUAUAUAUUCGUCAUUAUUGCAGAACUAAUGAAGAGAAUAAAUGAAAAAGGUAUAGCUGAUAUCAUUAAUGUAAGUGAUGUAAUGAUGAAAAGAAAUUUUGACUCAUUAUUUACAGAACCGAAAACAGAAUAUAGUCUUUAUGAAGUUUUGAAAGCAAUGCUGACAAAAAUAAAUGAAAGUGGCGCUGGUGACAUAAGUGAAGCAAAAGUUGUUAAACUUCUUUCACAAAAAGCAGAUAAAAACCAUGUUCAUUAUAUAAGUUCAGAUGAACAGAUUAUAACGGACUAUCAUGGAUAUUUAACACGAACUUAA